AUGGAAAGUAGACCGCAAGAAGAUCAGGGAAACAGUAAUCCAACACCGAAACUUGACCUGGAACACGAGGGUGCAAAAGUGUUAAAAGAUGAAAACGGUUUUAUAUAUUACAAGUGCAGAUUCUGUGGCCUCACCUACAACUACAUCAAUACCUUACGAGCACAUGAGCGAGUACAUGAUGUGGAACGACCAUACAAAUGUACCAAGUGUUCCGAAGCCUUCCACUUUAUGUGCCAGCUUGAAUAUCACGCAAAACAACAUACAGAUAUGAAAGGUUACAAAUGCGAAUGUGGCAGAACUUUUCACACGUAUACGGACCUUUUAUAUCAUGAACACCCAGGAGAAGAUGAUGUCGUUGUGGUUGAACCAGAGCAUGUUGUUUACAAAAAUACAGCAACUCGAAUUCCGGAGACGGAGUUUCCAGCUGCCGAAUUUCUUAUUAAAGGGUAUGAACCGAAGCAUCCAUUAAAGGUGUAUUCAGAUGUUCGAUCAAAACCGUAUAUAUGCCAGUACUGUUCAAAAAGUUACGCUGAUAGCAGAGGUCUUACACAACAUAUGUAUAGUCAUCGAGGCGAAAAAAUAUUCAAUCCUCGAGCAUCUCGAUAUCUGAUGGGACGUUGA